AUGGACAUCCAGAACAAGGAGGCUGUACUGACUGCAGAAGUGUCUGCAGAAGUGUCACCGUCCGUUGCACCUCAAGAUCCUGAGCAACAGCUCGACAACGAACGCUUGCCCAGUGUUCACACCUCAGCCUUCAAGAGUCUCGGCAUUCUCGACCAGUUCCUCGCUCUAUGGAUCUUUCUGGCGAUGCUCACGGGUAUCUUGUUGGGCAAUUUUGUCCCCAGCACUGGUCCUGCCCUGCAGAGAGGCGAAUUUGUUGGCGUCUCAGUUCCUAUAGCCAUCGGGUUGCUGGUCAUGAUGUAUCCCAUUUUGUGCAAGGUCAGAUUUGAGACGCUGCAUCACUCCUUUCGCGAAAAGACCCUGUGGCUGGGUCUGGCCUGGGCUUUUCUGCCCGACGAGCCUGGUCUCCGCGAUGGGCUCAUUCUGGUCGGGAUUGCCAGAUGCAUCGCCAUGGUUCUGAUUUGGACUGGUUUGGCUGGUGGCGACAAUGAGUAUUGUGCUAUCCUGGUCGCCAUCAACUCUCUCCUACAGAUGGUUCUCUUCGCCCCUCUGGCGCUUCUCUUCAUCAACGUUAUCAGUCAGUCUUCCAAAGGCGUCAACGUGGACUAUGCGCCAGUCGCGAAGAGCGUCGGUGUCUUCCUCGGAAUACCUCUCGCCGCUGCCAUCGUCACCCGGUUUAGCCUUCGAAACCUGGUUGGCAAAGACUGGUACGAAGAACGAUUCCUGAAGUGGAUUGGACCUCUGUCAUUGAUCGGCCUCCUUUUCACAAUCAUUGUGCUUUUCGGGUCGCAAGGUCGUCGCGUGGUUCAUCAGAUUGUAUCCGUCGUGAGGGUUGCCGCUCCUCUCAUCGUGUAUUUUGCAGUCAUAUUCCUCUCCACGCUGGUGAUCACCAGGAGGCUCAAUAUUGGGUACAGACUAGCCUGCACCCAGAGCUUUACAGCGGCGAGCAACAACUUCGAACUGGCCAUUGCUGUAGCCAUUGCCACAUACGGCGUCAACAGUGAUCAAGCGCUUGCGGCGACUGUAGGUCCCCUUAUCGAGGUGCCAGUUCUUCUCGGGCUUGUUUAUGCAGUCAAGUGGUUCGGCAAGCGCAAAAAUUGGGCGGCAUAG